ACGUCAUUAGUCCUAAACGUCAACACACGUCUGUGUGCAGGAAAGGACCACUGCAUAUGUGUCCUCAAAAGAAAAAUCCUUUUAUUUAAAAAUUAUACAAGUACAAUGAGUUACAAGCCCAAAUUAGACGAUUUAAUUCAAUCAGUUUCAUUGUACACAGUAAGACCGAGUUUACUUCAUUUAUAUGUUUUACCUUUUUUAAUAAUUUAUUCGUCAUGGUUAUACCUUUGGUUGGGAAUUUACGGUUUCGAAGAAUAUUACGAAGGGGGAUUCGUAGGACUCGCCGUUAUCGGAUGUAUGCAGAUACUCACCUGCUUAGCAUGCUACUGGUCUGUUCAUAUAAGCUGCCUGUUCAGCUGUAAGAAAGAAAAGGACCCCUUUAAAGCCACUGUAGCAAAGGUGGUUCCUACUCCGAACAAUGGCAGCACGGAGCUUAUAUGUCUCCGGCAAGCGAAGGCCGAUUCUGAGACAACAUUGUGGUUUAGUUUUCAAAAAACAAAGUAUAUUUGGGACCCUGAUAAAAGAAUGUUUCGAGGACUGGAAUUUCCUAUACACAAUAGCUUCGCAGAAUACAGCGCUUCAAAAGGUUUACAAGAAGACAUUGAUAUAAUACAAGCCGAACAGAUUUAUGGUAGAAAUAUACUAAACAUGGUUGUCCCGGAAUUUAUGGAACUGUUCGUGGAACGAGCAACGGCACCUUUCUUCGUGUUUCAAGUGUUCUGCGUGGGUUUAUGGUGCCUGGACGAUUUCUGGUACUAUUCCUUGUUCACGUUGGUCAUGCUGGUGCUGUUCGAAUGCACUUUAGUGCAACAGCAGCUGCGCAACAUGGACGAAAUUCGCAAAAUGGGCAACAAACCGUACAACAUUCUCGUGUAUCGCAGCAGAAAAUGGAGGAUUAUGCCCACAACUGACCUGAUACCUGGUGAUAUUAUUUCCAUCACGAGAUCGCAGAAGGAUAAUCUGAUACCGUGCGAUGUUCUGCUGCUGAGGGGCUCUUGCAUUGUCGAUGAGAGUAUGUUGACUGGUGAGUCUGUACCUCAGAUGAAAGAGUCGAUUGAAAAUUUUGACCAAAAGACCAUAUUGGACCCUGAGGGGGACGGUAAACUUCAUGUAUUGUUUGGUGGAACUAAAGUCGUACAAAAUACUGCACCAACGAAAACUAGUUCAGGAUUAAGGCCACAAGACAACGGCUGUGUAGCUUAUGUUCUAAGAACGGGCUUUAAUACGUCACAAGGAAAAUUAUUACGAACUAUUCUGUUUGGAGUAAAACGAGUUACAGCGAAUAAUAAGGAAACGUUUGGUUUUAUUAUUUUCCUGCUAAUAUUCGCGAUUGCGGCAGCUUGCUACGUUUGGAUGAAAGGUAUCGAAGAUCCAAAGAGAAGUAGAUAUAAAUUAUUCCUGGAGUGUACUUUAAUCUUAACAUCAGUUAUUCCUCCCGAACUACCUAUUGAAUUAUCGUUAGCCGUUAAUUCCUCCCUGUUGGCCCUAUCGAAAUUAGGAAUAUUUUGUACUGAACCCUUCAGAAUCCCAUUCGCUGGUAAAAUAGACAUUUGCUGCUUCGAUAAAACCGGAACCCUCACAAGCGAUAGCCUGAUAGUGGAAGGUGUGGCCUUGGCCGAGAAAGACUCCUCAGCCACAGCUGUUGCGGACCUGCCUGCCGAAACCGUUCAAGUAUUGGCUAGUUGCCAUUCGCUGGCGCAAUUGGACGACGGCUUGGUGGGCGAUCCGCUGGAAAAGGCCACGCUCACAGCCAUCGAUUGGAACGUUACGAAAGCCGAUGCUGUAGUCCCCAAGAAAGGAAGGUUGUCUGGAUUGAAAAUCUUCCACAGAUUUCAUUUUUCGUCGGUUUUGAAAAGGAUGUCCGUCAUUGCCGGGUAUAAUCCCGUAGGAUCGACGGAUACCGUAUACAUCGCGACCGUGAAAGGUGCCCCUGAGACAUUGAAACCCAUGUUUUCUGAAACACCGAAAUUGUACGAUGAAGUUUACUUGGAGCUGUCCAGAAGAGGCGCUAGAGUCUUAGCAUUAGGUUUUAGAGAAAUGGGGAAGCUGUCUCCUCAAGAAAUCAGAGAAUUGACGCGCGACGAUGUGGAGAAAAAUUUAAAAUUCGCCGGUUUCGUCAUUAUCUCAUGUCCACUUAAAAUCGACUCGAAGGCUGUGAUUAAAGAACUCCAAUAUGCAUCGCACAGGGCUGUUAUGAUUACGGGUGACAACCCAUUGACCGCAUGCCACGUUGCUAAAGAACUGAAAUUUACCACAAAAACUACGUUAAUAUUGACUCCUAACCCUGGAGGUUUCAUUUGGAAGAGCAUCAGCGAAACUAAACAAGUUCCAUUGGAGUACUACUACAAGAAUCUCGUCAAAGAAUACGAUCUCUGCAUCACCGGAGACGGAUUGAAUUAUUUGCGCGAACACUACAGUUCUUUUCUGCGAUUGAUUAUGCCUUACAUAACCGUAUACGCGCGUUUCGCUCCUAAGCAAAAAGAGUUUGUCGUGACUCAAUUGAAGCACUUGGGCUACACGACUUUGAUGUGCGGUGAUGGUACCAACGAUGUGGGAGCCCUCAAACAUGCCGAUGUCGGCGUAGCAAUUCUUGCGAAUGCUCCCGAGAGAUUAGUAGAUCCAAAGGUACAAAAAGAGAAAUUGGAGAAGGAACGCGAAAAGAAGCAAAAGGAACUGAAAGAAGCCAUUCAGAAUCAACGGCCUAAUCACGUUAGGAAUAUGAUCAAUCAUCGAGAGAAAAUGCAAUCGAAACUUGAUAAAAUGGUGAAGGAACUGGAAGAGCAAGAUCAACUGCAAAUAGUCAAAUUAGGCGAUGCCAGUAUCGCAUCCCCGUUUACCAGUAAAUUGUCGUCAAUCAUGUGCAUUUGUCAUAUAAUUAAACAAGGCAGGUGCACGCUGGUCACCACUUUGCAGAUGUUCAAGAUUUUAGCAUUGAAUGCCCUGAUUUUGGCUUAUACGCAAUCGGUUUUAUAUUUGGAUGGGAUAAAGUUGAGGGAUUUACAGGCAACUCUGCAAGGUCUUCUAUUAGCGGCCAGUUUCCUCUUCAUUUCUAGAUCAAAGCCUUUGAGAGUUUUAUCGAAGCAAAGGCCACUGCCGAACAUAUUCAACUGGUACACGAUUCUAACAGUAAUCCUGCAAUUUUCCGUGCACUUCGUUUGCCUAAUUUUCCUCGUGCAGCAAGCGAAAUUGAGGAUACCUGCGGAUGAAUUGCCGUUACCGCCGAACCAGUCAAUUGAUCUGUCUGAGGAGGAGAAAGACAAAUUAUUCAAACCAAACAUUGUAAAUAGUUCUGUGUACAUCAUUUGUAUGGCUUUGCAGAUAGCUACUUUCGCCAUAAAUUACAGGGGGAAUCCUUACAUGGAAAGUCUAAAAGAAAACAGGGCAUUGUUAUAUAGCAUUUUGGGAUCUGGAGCUGUCGUUCUGGCUUUAGCCUUGGGGUUGAUUCCUGAACUGUCGGAACAAUUGGAAAUAAUCGAUUUUCCAUCGGAUUUCCGAAUCAUCUUGAUCCAAGUGUUAUUCGCGGAUUUCUUCUUAUCAUAUUUGGUCGAUAGAUUGUGUCUAUGGAUAUGUGGUGAAGGUAGUAUGAAAACGUAA